AUGUUAAAGGAGAGCAAAAGGCACCGAUUGAACUUUCCCUCCCACUGUGUAGCAGAACUUCACUUUCCCCAAAGCAAGAAGCACUGGCUCAGAUCAUCCAACGGAUUCUUUCUUUGUACCUCAUCAAAACCUAAGACGAGUGAGAUCACAAGUUCAACGCAACCAGAGUCCUGUUCUCUUCAUUCCCAACAACAGUCAAGGAACUCACAUGAAACCCCCCUUUGGUGUCUGGGUUGUCUCAUCAGAAUUGCUAGACAUCGUACUUCAGCCAGCACAAAGUGGACUGUAGUCCAUGAGAGCUUAUGAUCACAGGAGAGAGGGGGAGAAAUAGAGGAAUGGGGGCUGGGGGGCUGUGCUAUCCACUGACCACUUCUUUAGCUUACAAGCAUUUUAAUUCUGCUCACACAUUUCCAAGAUGGUUGUUGUUUUUCCUUACAUUUCUGUGCAACCUCUCCUCCAUCCUGGAAGGCAAAGUGUCAUUCAUGUGCUUCCUGUGCAGUCACCCAUCUAGAAACGGAUCAGACCUAAACCGCCUUAGCUUCAGUAAGGUGGUAGUCACUUACGCCUUCCGGCCAAAGCCUGGGGAAUAUGCAUUGGCGGAUGCUGAUUGCUUGAAGUGAAAGCAUUGAUUUUCCAGAUUCUGUACUUGCUCACAGCCUACCACCUCCCAGUCAGCCUGACUCUAGGCUUCUCUGUUCUUUCUCUCCCCCAGCUUCCAAAGUGCUCUUUGCAGCCACCUCUUUCCCCACAACUGGUGCCCUGACCUGA